GUGAGGCGGCCGGAGGGAGGGCGGGGGGAACUCAAGGCCUGCUUGAUACGUCCGCCAUUUUGGGCGCUUCGCUGAUGGUGUCGGUGAGCGCGUUUCCCGCCUGAGCGCAACUAGCGGCGAGUCUCGGGCACCUCCAGGUGGACGGAAUGAGUCCUUGGAGGUACCUGUGUGUCCUGACGUUUCAACCUCGGAGCUUCGUGUAAUUUUCUCGGUGGUACAGGAUGGCUAGAGUGGCCUGGAGUUGUGUACUUCCCUUUCCUCAUGCGGAAGGUUAGAGGGGGCUGGAGUUGGAUAUUUCCCUUCCUCCAGGGGAACUUCUGUUUCGUAUCCACCAUCCCACUUUACUCUGCGAAUCUGCUAAUGCAGUAAAUUGGAGGACAGCCGCUGCCAGGAUAACCUGUAAUGGGCAAAAGGAGCCACAGAAAAGGAAACAUUUCUUUUAAUUUUUAAACUUGGUUUGAAAGAGCAGCAUGUUUUGGAAAUUUGAUCUACACUCAUCAUCCCACAUAGACACACUUCUAGAAAGAGAAGAUGUAACACUGAAGGAGUUGAUGGAUGAGGAAGAUGUUUUACAGGAAUGUAAAGCUCAGAACCGCAAACUUAUAGAGUUCCUGUUAAAAGCAGAAUGUCUCGAAGAUUUAGUCUCAUUCAUUAUUGAAGAACCACCUCAAGACAUGGAUGAAAAGAUCAGAUACAAGUAUCCAAAUAUAUCUUGUGAGUUGCUCACUUCUGAUGUCUCCCAAAUGAAUGAUAGACUGGGAGAAGAUGAAUCCUUGCUAAUGAAAUUGUAUAGCUUCCUCCUAAACGAUUCCCCCUUGAACCCACUACUUGCCAGUUUCUUCAGCAAGGUGCUAAGUAUUCUUAUCAGCAGAAAACCAGAACAGAUUGUGGAUUUCCUAAAGAAGAAACGUGACUUUGUGGACCUUAUUAUGAAGCACAUAGGAACAUCGGCCAUCAUGGACUUGUUGCUCAGGCUCCUGACGUGCAUUGAGCCCCCACAGCCCAGGCAGGAUGUGCUGAGUUGGUUAAAUGAGGAGAAAAUUAUCCAGAGGCUUGUGGAAAUAGUUCAUCCAUCGCAAGAAGAAGAUCGGCAUUCAAAUGCAUCACAGUCACUUUGUGAAAUUGUUCGCCUGAGCAGAGACCAGAUGUUGCAAAUUCAGAACAGUACAGAACCAGACCCCCUGCUUGCCACUCUAGAAAAGCAAGAAAUUAUAGAGCAGCUCCUAUCAAAUAUUUUCCACAAGGAGAAGAAUGAAUCGGCCAUAGUCAGCGCAGUCCAGAUAUUGUUGGCUUUACUUGAGACACGGCGACCAACAUUUGAAGGCCAUAUAGAGAUCUGCCCACCAGGCAUGAGUCAUUCAGCUUGUUCGGUCAACAAGAGCGUUCUAGAAGCCAUCCGAGGAAGACUUGGAUCUUUUCAUGAACUCCUGCUUGAGCCACCCAAGAAAAGUGUGAUGAAGACGACGUGGGGCGUGCUGGACCCUCCCGUGGGGAACACCCGGUUGAAUGUGAUUAGGUUGAUAUCCAGCCUCCUCCAAACAAAUACCAGCAGUAUCAACGGGGACCUUAUGGAGCUGAAUAGCAUUGGGGUCAUAUUGGACAUGUUCUUCAAAUACACAUGGAAUAACUUUUUACACACACAAGUGGAAAUCUGUAUUGCACUGAUUCUUGCAAGUCCUUUUGAAAACACAGAAAAUAGCACAAUUACUGAUCAGGACUCCACUGGUGACAAUUUGUUAUUGAAACAUCUCUUUCAAAAAUGUCAAUUGAUAGAACGAAUACUUGACGCCUGGGAAAUGAACGAGAAGAAACAAGCCGAAGGAGGAAGACGGCAUGGCUACAUGGGACACCUGACAAGGAUAGCCAACUGCAUCGUGCACAGCACUGAUAAGGGCCCCAACAGCGCCUUAGUACAGCAGCUCAUCAAAGAUCUUCCAGACGAAGUCAGGGAGCGAUGGGAGACGUUCUGCACAAGCUCCUUAGGAGAAACUAACAAGAGGAACACGGUAGAUCUAGUUACAACCUGCCAUAUUCAUUCAUCCAGUGAUGAUGAAAUUGACUUUAAAGAAACGGGUUUCUCACAGGAUUCUUCUUUGCAGCAAGCCUUUUCUGAUUAUCAGAUGCAACAAAUGACGUCCAAUUUUAUUGACCAGUUUGGCUUCAACGAUGAGAAGUUUGCAGAUCAAGAUGACAUUGGCAAUGUUUCUUUUGAUCGGGUAUCAGACAUCAACUUUACUCUCAAUACAAAUGAAAGUGGAAAUAUUGCCUUGUUUGAAGCAUGUUGUAAGGAAAGAAUACAGCAGUUUGAUGAUGGUGGCUCUGAUGAGGAAGAUAUCUGGGAGGAAAAACACAUUGCAUUUACACCAGAAUCCCAAAGACGAUCAAGCUCGGGGAGUACAGACAGUGAGGAAAGUACAGACUCUGAAGAAGAAGAUGGAGCAAAACAAGACUUGUUUGAAUCCAGUAGUGCCAACACAGAGGAUAAAAUGGAGGUAGACCUGAAUGAACCGCCCAGCUGGUCAGCCAGCUUUGAUGUCCCCAUGGAGACAACGCACGGUGCUCCCUUAGACUCUGUGGGCUCCGACGUCUGGAGCACAGAGGAGCCAGUGCCGACUAAGGAGACGGGCUGGGCUUCUUUUUCCGAGUUCGCGUCUUCCCUGAGUACAAAAGACUCUUUAAGGAGCAGCUCUCCAGUGGAAAUGGAGACCAGCACGGAGCCAGUGGGCCCGCUGGCGCCCAGUGUGGCUGCGCUGGCAGUGCAGCCGGAAGCACCAGGCAGCGUGGCCAUGGAAGCCAGCUCUGAUGGAGAGGAGGAUGCAGAAAGUACAGACAAGGUAACUGAGACAGUGAUGAAUGGCGGCGUGAAGGAAACUCUGAGCCUCACUGUGGAUGCCAAGACAGAAACCGCGGUCUUCAAAAGGACCCUAUAAGAUAAGUACCAUGGCUAUCAUCCCACUUUCCAGAUGACGAAAAUGAGAUACUGGAGUUAAGUCAUGUGGCCAGAGUCUCAUGGUAGUUAGAAGAAAAUGCAGUGUAUCCUGACCUGUGGACAGAAAAGGACUUCUUUUUCAAAACAAAAACAAAGCAACCUCCAAAAGCGUAAACCUCAUGCAAAGAAUAGAAUUGGAUUACAUCAAAUUUAAGAAUUUCUGGUAAAUAAAGUAUUGUGGACAAAAUUAAGAGGCAGAUGGCAAAUUGAGGGGGGAAAAGCUUACAGCUCUACAUCAGUCAGAAAUUAACAUUUAGUAUUCAAACCAGUAAGGAAAAGAUGUAGAAAACCCAAAUCAGAAAAUGGGCAAAAAAUAUCAUUAGGCAGUUUACAGACAAGGAAACCCAAAGGGGCAAAACUAAGAAGAGGUACUCAAAACUCAUUCAUUAUCAGACACCUCUUAACUAGACUGGCAGGAAUUGGAAGGGUGGGAAAUGCUGAGUAUCGGUGGGGCUCUGGGGCUACAGGAACCCUGUCGCCCUGCUGGGGGGCAUGCUGGCUGGAAGGAUGGCCAGCAUUUUCCCCUCCUGGGUGUAGAGCCCUGAGGAGUGUCCCAGCGGCUCCACGGGGCCCCAGCAGGCAGCGGCAGCGUUGCAGCCCUGUGCACAGAGGCACCGGUCGCUGUGAGAACGCGUUAGAACGGGAGGUGUGCACCGUGGGAUGCUGUGCCACAGGCAGCAGGAAAAGACAGCCCUCCAGACUGUGCUGGUACAGAGAUAAAUGCAGGGAGGUGUGCGGUUCCAGGCCAGUGAUGUGUCUCAGAAUACACAUAGAAGAAUGAAAGUAACAUGUAUUGAACACAUCAGGAUAGUUGCUUUGGUGGGCAGGGGGUGGAGAAUGGGGAAAAUUUAGGAGUAAUGAACUAGACUUCCGUUCACUUUCCUCCUUGUAAAUUGCCAGACCCGUCUGAAAGCCACCGAGAAGUCAUCCUAAAGUGAGGUUUUUCAUAAGCAAAUCUGGGACAGGACCCCACACUAAGAAUGAUGGACUGUCCCAAAGGGAACCGUUAGCCGCCCUUAAGCUCAAUUUAGUGCCAUCUUGAAUUGUGUCAAAAUGGGAAUGCCAGACACAAAAUAGGCAGAAGUCUAAAUUCCCAGCCCACAGACAGUUGACAGCAUUUGCUCCUUGUCUUUCUCUGCAAGAGCUGUCUAAGGGGAAAAUCAUCCUUUCAUGUUUUGUUUCCCCAAGCCCUCUCUGUGACCCCUCAGGACCGGUUUUUACCUUUCUGGCCCCUGUUCCUGGCUCUCUUUCCCUUCGUGGUUUGUCCUUCUCACGCACUGUCAGAAGACAGCUCGAGAAGUUCGUCCUGGCUCAGGCUGCGUGGCCUCCUGCUCACGUGACAUCAGCCAGCAAGCUGAUGGGGGGCUUGGCCCUGAAGGCAGGAAUCUUUAACUAAAGACUCAUUCCUUCAAACAGGUUCAUUUGACACCUUCACCGAGUCUGCAGUUUUGCUUAUGUGCAGUCAUGGACAUAUUAUUCCCCCAAAUGCCUCAUUUUUAGGAGUAUUCUGAAACUCUUGUACAUUUCUUUUUCUGUUCUGCACACUUGGCUUCAGAGUGUUGGAAUCCUACCGGUAUGUACAGUGAUGUGGGACCAUUCUUUACCAGACACCAGCUGCAUUACAUCGUCCCUCUUUCGGCUCCCAGUUGUGUGUGAUCCUCCCCUUCCAUGGUUUCCCAGUCGUGUCUGUGGUCCCUGUGAUCCCCCCCCAACCCACGCCCCCGAGCAUGCUCAGCCCCGGGGCUUGGAUCCAUGGCCGCCAUGACUUCCAGAGCCAAAUGCAUGCGCCCUCCUCCUCCACCCGGUGCUGCUGCGUCGGGCGUCUCAUGCUGCCUGUCGUCCUCUUUA